AAAUAAAAAAAAAAAUAAAAUCCCAANCGUGCCACACAAGUCCUUGCUGUAAAAUUCCUACUCGUAGUACAAAAUUUGCACUCCUGCAAACAAAUCAGUGAAGAAGAAAGAGAGAGAGAGAAAAAAAAAGAAGAAAAAACACCCAUCAUCAUAUCUCUCAUGGAUACUUAUGAGGCUACUAAGGUAGUGAUGUCAAGAAUCCAGACUUUGGAUCCAGAAAAUGCUUCCAAAAUCAUGGGCUACAUACUGCUACAAGACCAAGGCGAGAAGGAGAUGAUUAGGCUCGCCUUCGGGCCCGAAGCCCUGUUGCAGUCCUACAUCACCCGGGCCAAGGCCUGUUUGGGUAUCCCUUCUGCCAACCCUCCCUCCAACCCCUCCACCCCACACUCAAACUCCGCGCGGCCAAACAACCCCUUCCCCCAGAACUCGCCGAGGGUCGUCAUACCCACCAACGGAUUCCAUCUGGGCUGCGGAGGCGGUACCGGCAGCAACCCGUCCUCUCCCGCCGCCGCCGCUUUCCAGAGAGCGAGCCCCAGGCCGUUCUCCUAUGCAGCCGCCCUCAAUAACGGCGCUAGCAACGGUGUUAGCAGCGGCAGCAGCAGUAAUAGCAGCGGUAACGGUGGUUUGGGUAGUGAAUACGGCAACUUGACAUUUCUGGACGACCCUUUGGCGGAUCCGGUUAUGAGCCCCAGCGGGAGGAGCGAUUCGCUGGUUUUCCCUUACGGUGAGGACGCCCACUCCCCGCACCCGCACCCAUUUCACCGGAGGAGCUGCUCGGUGAACGACGCCGCGUUUCUGGCAAAUCUCGAGGAAGGGGGCGGCGCCGGCGGUGGGUGGAGGCCCUGCAUGUAUUUCGCUAGGGGUUUCUGCAAAAAUGGUGGGCUGUGUAAAUUCUCGCACGGAGAAUUUGGGGAAGGGGCUGAGGUGGGGUCCCCGAGCAAGGGCUUCCCUGGGUUGGACGAGCUCUUGAGGAUAAAAGCCCUCCAGCAGCAGAGGUUCGCCGCCAUGGCCGCCGCAAGAGGUCACCAUCCUCUUGGGUACAGCAAGUGCAUGGACUUGAUGAAUGAGAAUCCGAGAUUUGAUAGAAAUGAGUUCUUUCAAAUGUUGGCUGGUGGUGCAAAUUCGAGCUCCCGGCAAAUUUACUUGACAUUUCCAGCUGACAGCACAUUCAAGGAAGAAGAUGUUUCUAAUUACUUCAGUCUGUUCGGUCCAGUGCAAGAUGUUAGGAUUCCAUAUCAGCAGAAAAGAAUGUUCGGGUUUGUGACAUUUGUAUAUGCGGAAACUGUUAAGCUCAUUUUGGCCAAAGGCAAUCCGCAUUUCGUGUGCGAUUCUCGUGUUCUUGUCAAACCUUACAAGGAGAAAGGAAAAAUUCCAGAAAAGAAACACCAUCAACACUUGGAGAAUGGGGAUUAUUCGGCUUGUUUAAGCCCUUCUGCACUUGACUCUAGAGAUCACAUGGAUCUCCCCUUUGGUAAUGGAUCUAGAAUGUUGUUUAAUGCACAAGAAAUGAUAUUGAGAAGGAAAUUGGAGCAAGAAGCUGAAUUACAGCACGCCAUUGAACUUCAAGGUCGAAGGAUGAUGAGUUUACAACUUUUGGACUUGAAAAAUAAUCAGCACAACAAUAAUCACUUUCUGCCUGGCUUUCGGGCUUCGGGUGUCCCGAUUUCCUCACCUAGACAGGCUCAGCUCCUUAUGAAUCAAAACUUCUACCAUUCUUCUGAUGAGGCUAAACUUGAAAAAUCUGAAGAUUUUGAUGGUAGCCAGGAGGUAGACAAAUCGCUUCCUAUAGCAACCGAUCACAAUUUGUUGCAUGAAGGAACUGAAUCUCUGAAUAAUAAACAGCAGCAGCAGUGUUCGAACAAUGACGAUUCCAUUUUCACUGAAAGAAAAAACAGCUUGGAGCAUGUUCUUCCAGAUAAUCUUUUUGCCUCGCCUACUAAAUUAGCAGCAGAGCACAAGUCUAUUUUCUCCCAAGCAUCAGCUUCUACUGAUGACAACAUACCUGUAACCAUAUCAGCAUCUAACAACAUAGCUUCUAUCAAGUCUUGUUAUCUUCAAAUGCCAAGGUAUUGUUACCUAUCCAACUUUUUUUUUUUUUGG